GUCUUUGAAAAGAAUAGAAAAAACAAUCCAAAUAUAGCAAAACCGUAUAAACAUCUAUAUAUACACGUACCAUGUCUUCCUUCUUUUUUCUAAUCCUUUCCAAUCCACGUUGAAGUUACCUAAAAAAAACCAAAAAAAAUGAACACUCCUAUAAAACUCGCCUUUCUCAUUCUUUGUAUCGCCCUAACGGCAACCGCGUUCGUAGUCCCAGCCAAACGUGACGCUGUUACACCAGAACAUGAGAAAGCCGUCGCAGGAAUAUGCAGCGUCGUCCAAGACAAAAGUCUUUGUAGCAUAACCUUGAAAACUGUCCCAAGCAAUGAUCCAAACAUUUUGGUCCGUCACUUAGCCACAGGUGCAGAAACCUCCGUUAAAAAGGGAUUGAAGUUCCUCUCCGGAAUUAAACCCAAGUACAAAGGAAACGCUUUCGCUACAGCUUGCAUCACUAGUUGCGAGAAACAGCUAAACAACGCCUUGGAAGACUUUUCAGAUUUCUGGAAAGCCGCGGGAAAAGACAUAAAGAGCAUGGCUAAUAACUACUUCACAUGUAAGAAGAAGAUGACUUCAAUCUUUAACUACCAGUCGAGUUGUCUCGAUGACAUUUACGACAAAACAUUGUUGAAAGAGGUUCAAGGAGGGAUAGGGCUUGGGAAAAGAAUGAGUGGCGAGUCAGUGGAUGUGUUCGCUGGAAUGGACAAAGUCUUUAAUACUCUCAACAUUAAGACCAAACUCAACCAGAAAGAUACCGAUUCGUUGCUCCCACCACCUUUGUCCUUUUACUACUAUUGAUUUAUUGUUGUUGUCAAUGGUGAUGAAAGAAAGGUUCCUUUUGACGUAUGUUUGUAACUAAUAUGUGUUGUAGAUAAUCAUGUAUGUACCUCGUGAUUGGAAAGGAUGUGGAAAAUAUGAUUAUCUAAUAAUAAUAAACUUAAUUGAUAUAAUGUA